CCCGCGACAAUAGUAUGUUGUAAUUCAUCGUGAAUUGAGCAGAACCUAUCCCUGKGCAGCUUUUGGGCCAUCAUAGGCUGGAAACCAAUCGAAGCAAGUUGCGCAUUCCGUCUCGGCGUUCACGUUAUCGGAGAGCCGUGCGUAAAUCUUAUCCCCGUGGUCCCUAGCGUCGACGGUCUGAACCGAAUCGAUGUCUUCGUGUUCACCCCCUUCCUGUCGCUGUAGUAUUAUCGUUGAAAGGCGAUCGUGCAAGAGAAAGUGCCCCUGUUGGUCGCAUCCAUCGGAAGCCCCAGAUGGAAUUACAGACUCGACAUCGUCGAACCAUCUCUUAUUCCGACAAAGAAUAAAGAAUUCUCGAGGACCAAGCGUGGGUUUCGCUGUCAGCACGCUGUAUCGAUUCGAAGUAGAAUCGUAAACUUGGUAUUCAGAGAGAGAGACUGUGGCUACAGUGGAAGGAUUGAAUAGCUUUAUGUACUCGGCAUCCUUGUCGUUCUCACGCUUUGGAUUCGGAAAUACUUCAUAGAUCACAAGAUCCGAUGAGGUGACGCUUGGACUGCUCGUAGGACCAUUCGUUGGCAAAGACGUGGGUACCUUGGUUGGAUCGGGUGUUGGUAAAUGUGUAGGGUCCUUUGUUGGAAAAGGCGUGGAUCCAUUGGUUGGAUUUGAUGUUGGUAGAAAUGUGGGGUCCUUGGUUGGAUUAGGCGAAGGAGGACUCGUUGGAGAAUGAAUGGGAUGCGUAUUGUGGAUAGGUGUAGUAGGCCGUGUUGGCAAAGGCGUAGGAUUUUUUGUGGCUCUCCUUUUGGUAAUAGGCAAAGGUGCAGUUGUUGGGAAAGGCAUUUGACUCCUCGCUUCAUCAACCAUGGGUUCAUCAAAAUGCUUCGAGUUGUAAACGGCAACUUUUGCGUAUGGGAUUGUGGCCUCGGUGUCGAUUGAUAGUACCUUGACGGCCCAGAUUCCACUCUCUACCAUUUCUCCAACAUCCAAACUGUUACCAAGUUUCCAUGAUUGCGUACCUUCAACCUGGGUUAGCUGAGAAACAACAGCAACUCGGUCAACAUCUUCCGGCUGAAAAUCGAGUGUCGGAGCUUUCUUUCUAUUGAAUUGCAAAUACAAGUCAGAAAUUUUAACAAUUGCCCGAUAUUCGUCAUUGGGAUUCCCGAUUCCUUUAAUCUUUUCUAAAUAAUCGGGAACGGCAACAAGUUUUCCUUCCCAGUAACCAUUCCAUGGAACCUCUUCGUGCCCGUUUUCUUCUUCGUACCACCCUAGAUACCAGGACUUGGCUGCAUUGUAACAUA